UCGACUCGUUUAGUCGCGGCCGCGCCACCCAUCAUGGCGGACGUGUCCGACCAUGAGUGCGUUCCGAUGUGGACAUCGUGCGAAGACAAAGCCAUCGAGCGAGAAUUCGUAUCAACUCUAAUAUCUUUAUAUAGAGAUCAGCCCGUACUAUGGAAUUCAAAACACAAGUACUAUUUGGAUAAAAACAAAAGGUCGGCGGCGCUCAAAGAAAUGAUUAAAUCUUUGAAGACAUAUCGGCCAGACUUCACGGAGGAUCUUUUAAAAAGGAAAAUAAAUACAUUGAGAACCAAUUUUAAUAAGCAAAGAAGGAAAUUAAAAAUGGCGAAACAUUUAGGCGCCUCUGGUGAUGAUGAGUCCAAACCAGUAUUGUGGUACUACGAAGACAUGAUGUUCCUGGCUGAUCAAAUGGACAUUAACGAAACUUAUAAAAUCAUGGCGCAUUCACUAAUAUUAAAGAAGUCGUUCCAAAGGAAAACGAAUGAAAAGCCGAUUAAAACAACUCAUGUAUCUACUCAGGUUGAUGCAGAGAGCGAGUAUUCCAAAGUGCGAGAAUACGAGACUGAUAUUAUAUCUAAAAACUGGGCUAUAAAAUUAAACCGGCUUGAACCAGAUCAGAGACGUUACGCUGAGAAAAUUAUAAAUGAUGUACUUUUCGAAGGCGAAAUGGGCACAUUGACGAGACACGGUGUUCAAUUCCCAGGUUGUGCCUCGCCAUGUCCCUCCCACUCUUCACCAAAGCCCUUGAGCUCGUUAUCAAUGCCGAUGAAACAAGAAUGCACAGAGGACAUCGAGGAGGAACAGUAUAUCAUAAGAUACACUCCGUAAGGAAUUUCUUGUUCAAAUUACUGUUAAGUAAGAAGUAAAAUCAUUUUUGUUAUU